AUGAUUGCAGCUAGUGUGCUGUGCCUGGCUCUAUGUGCUGUCUUUGGAACAACAACAGCGGAGCCCCUUCAUGAGCUCAUGACUACUGAGGAGCUCAAGUCAAUGUUUGACUGUUCUGAGACUCAUCAGGUGCCUGAGUACGAGAUCGUAGCUUUACCCUCAGACAAUCCUCGGCUAAAACACUACAACUUCACCAUAUUUGGCAGGCCUUUAAGUCUUCAACUGAGACCCAACGAUGUUCUAAUGUCAAGACUGAAGGUUGUGGUGACUGAUGAUGAGGGUAGCGUAGAGAUAGAGUCUCCGGUCAGUAACUGUCAUUUCAUCCACACCGAUGCCACCUCUACAGCUGCGUUCAGCUCUUGCGAUCACAAUCAGCUGCAUGGAUGGAUAUUUCUAGCAGACGACACAUUUGAAGUACGACCUCUCACUACCAGAUUACACUCUCUGCUGGGACAUAAGCGAGGCAGUCCUCUCGUGCCGUACCUGGUCAAACGAGUCCAGUCUGUCAAUGUUGAAUGGAAGGAUGAAGUUUAUUUGCCAGAAAAUAUUGUUAUGGAGGAAGAAGAAGACUUGGUGUCAAAUUCUGUAAAUGAAGAUUUUUAUCGAACCGAGAGAGGAAGCAAAAGACCAGUAGUUGAAGUUGCUCUAUUCUUCGAUGAAGCAGGAUAUAAAAUAUUUGCUCCUUACAUGGACAACGAUGAAAAGCAAAUCAGAAAUAUGCUGCUUGCUUAUUUAAAUGGGGUUCAAGCCUUGUACCACCACCCCAGCGUGGGUCAGCUGAUUGACAUCGCGUUGGUAAGACUGGAGAUAUUCAAGAGCCAGCCAGCUGAUCUGCCCCACUACGGGGGUGAGAGGGGGGGACUCCUCGACUCCUUCUGUGCCUACAACGCAAAACACAACCCACCCGGAGACGAAAACCCUGACCAUUGGGACAUGGGGCUUUAUGUAUCAGGACUUGACUUUUAUGCCAUUGAAGGAGGAAGGAGAAGUGAUGUUACUAUGGGUCUUGCCACAGUGGGAGGAGUGUGCAUGGAGAAAUAUGCUUGUGUCAUUGCAGAGUUGGGGACGACCAACUACCUCGGCAAACCUUAUCCUUCCGCUGGUUUUACUUCAGUUUACAUACUUGCCCAUGAGAUGGGACACAAUCUAGGAAUGCAUCACGACAGUUCCCAAAACUCCUGCCCUAGUGAGGGGUUCAUCAUGUCUCCAUCGCGAGGGACUAAUGGAGAAACUAUCUGGUCAUCUUGUAGCGCUCAAGUCAUGAUGUCUGUCGGAGAGAAGAAGUGUCUGCUGGAUAGUCCAGCAGCCAUUCCUGCUGAGAGGAACCACGGGAAGAUGCAUGAUCACCCGGGACAGCUGUGGGGAGCUAAGCGACAAUGUGAGGUUCUGCUAAGGGAUAAAGACGCUCAACUGCAAGACACUGGCAACACUGAGAGUAUUUGUCAAAGUCUGCAAUGCAAGACUCCACACAGGUCUGGAUACUACUUUGCUGGUCCUGCUCUUGAAGGAACUGCAUGUGCUGCUAAUAAGUGGUGCCAAGGUGGACAGUGUGUGGAAAUGGAGAAGCAAAAACCAGAGAAGAUUGUAAAGGGAGGGUGGAGCAAAUGGAAGACUGAGGAGUGUACUUCUGGCUGUAUUGCUAAGUCUAAAGGUUUUCACACCAAGCACAGAAAAUGUAACAAUCCUUCCCCAGUCAAUACUGAAGAGGGAUGUGAAGGGCCUAGUUUUGAUGUUGAACUGUGUAAAGAUGACAAAGUCUGCAAAAAAACCAAACGAAUAAAACCAGCUGACUAUGCCAGAAAGAAAUGCGAGGAAUUCAGUAAAACUUUGUCUAUACUCGAUCCACUAGGUUCUGGACUUCAAGCUCCGCAUGAAGAGGGUCGGCUGUGGGUGGCGUGUGCAAUAUUUUGCCGCCGGAAAGACAACGGCUCAUAUUAUUCCCCGAGAUUAGACCUAAACGACCUUGGAAGUGAUCCUUACUUUCCUGAUGGUACUUGGUGUCACCACAACGGAAAACACAACUACUACUGCAUGAACCACCAUUGUCGACCCGAGCAUUUCCAAGGUGCUAAGAGUGCUUUAGACUUGCCAGAGGAUCUUGAGCUUCCACAGAAUGCUUUACCCAAAGCUUUGCCGCUGCCUGAUCUCAUACUCCGAUACCUCAGCUUGGGCUCGGACGGAAAACCACUCCUGACUACAAUCAAACCAGAGGAGGCCUCGGAAAGAGUUUUAGAAGAUGGUUGGGCCAGUAAGGAUUACUUGGAUAUUCCUCAGCCCAUGUAAAUGAUGUCUUAAUUUUAUACUAUUGAACUAUUUUGUACUUUUUUAUUUAUA